AUGCGCACCCGAGCCUGGACAGCCAGCGCCGGCGCCGCCCUCUUCGUCACAACCGCCAUCUCCUUCUACCUCUACUUCUCGCACCUCCUCGUCCCCCGCCGCUGGCGCAAACACAACCGACCAGGGUCCAUCUACCGCCCGGUAGAAUGGGCCCCGCCGAUCAAAAACAGCUACUCGCGGACGCUGGUCGUCGCGACGACGCACGACGUCGACACGAGCUGGGUGCAGCGGCUCGUCGACGAGGAGGACGAUUUCUCCAGCGCGGUCUACAAUGUUGAUGCCGAUGAUGGGCUGUACGCGCGGAGUUUCAAGCGCGCCGUUCCUCCUUCCUCAUUUUCCUCUUCUUCAUCCUCAUCCUCUCAAUCCUCUUCAUCCUCCUCUUCAUCCACCGCAGCUGGAAAUGCGACAACGACAGCAACAACACCACAACCCCCGAAACACACCCUCACCGUCGAGCGCAGCAAGUCCUCCCUCCCACACAACAAGGGCCGCGAAGUCAUGGCCUACCUGACCUACAUCAUCGACCACUACUUCUCCCUCAGCGACGUGAACAUCUUCCUGCGCGCAGACCGCACCGACAGCGCCGUCCACGACGACCUCUUCGCCGGCGACGCAGCGCUCAUGAGCCGCCGCCUGCAACCCGCCUACGUCCUCGACAGGGGGUACGUCAACCUGCGAUGCCAGCACGCGCCCGGAUGUCCCGGGAUGUCCGUCUCCAGCAGCACCGUCGAUCUAUCCGAAUCAGCGAAGCGAAACGCCGGCGAAGACAGCGCCUCAGACCAACUCGGCAGCAGUCUCAGCGACGCGUGGGACGCGCUCUUCCCGUUCGACUCGAUGCCGACGGAGCUGGCGCAGCCUGGCGGCGGGCAGUUCGCUGUCAGCGGGCGGCAGAUUCGGCGGGUGCCGUUGCUGGAUUAUGUGUCGUAUCGGGGGUGGUUGGUGGACACGGCGCUGGAUGAUGAGCUGGCGGGGUCGAUGUGGGAGCUGCUGUGGCAGUUUGUGUUCACGGGGCAGGCGGCGCUUUGUCCGGAUGAGCGGAGCUGCUACUGCGAGGCUUAUGGGGUCUGUCUGGGGGAGGGGCAGUAUCGGGUUUUUGCGGAUGCGCGGGAUCGGUUGUUAAAGACAGCCCCUCAUUCAAGUUGA